CCCAAUCAGGCGCCGGGCGCGGCCGGAGGGAGGAGAGGAGAGAAGCCGGGGGCGAUGGAGACGCAGAGACGUCAACAGAAGUUUCUCACCUUGGAGAGCUCGGGACACUCCGCAUCUCCAGCACAGCUGCACCUCGCGCCGGGAAGGGGCCCCAGCUAGUCCUCCGGCCUCCUCACACCUCGGGCGGCCUGGGGGCUGCUGAGAGCCACUCUCACUGGUGGUCCUUUUAUGUUUUCUACAAUCAGCAAGAGGGCGAGGGACAGCUUGGUGCCGGGGCGCUGGCCGGGCCGGCCGGGCUGGGGACUCCAUGCGAGGCCAUGGACAGAGCGCUGCUCCCGGCCCUGCCCCGCCUGUGCGCGCUGUGCGCGGCCCUGCUCGCGCUGUUCCCCUGCGGGGCGCACGGCAACUGGAUGUGGCUGGGCGUCGCCUCCCUCGGGGCUCCGGAGAAGCUGGGCUGCGCCGACUCGCCGCUGAACAGCCGCCAGAAGGAGCUGUGCAGGAGGAAGCCCUACCUGCUGCCCAGCAUCCGCGAGGGCGCGCGGCUGGGCAUCCAGGAGUGCCGCAGCCAGUUCCGGCACGAGCGCUGGAACUGCGCGGCCGGGCCCGGCGCCGCGCUGCGCCCCGGCUCGCUCUUCGGCUACGAGCUGAGCAGCGGCACCAAGGAGACAGCGUUUAUUUAUGCUGUGAUGGCUGCAGGCCUGGUACACUCGGUGACCAGGUCGUGCAGUGCAGGCAACAUGACAGAAUGCUCCUGUGACACCACCUUGCAGAAUGGCGGCUCCACAAGUGAAGGCUGGCACUGGGGGGGCUGCUCCGAUGAUGUCCAGUAUGGCAUGUGGUUCAGCAGAAAGUUCCUGGAUUUGCCCAUCAAAAACACCACAGAAAAAGAUAGCAAAGUACUGUUAGCGGUGAACCUACAUAAUAAUGAAGCUGGAAGGCAGGCUGUCGCCAAGUUGAUGUCAGUAGACUGCCGCUGCCAUGGAGUUUCUGGCUCCUGUGCUGUGAAAACAUGCUGGAAAACCAUGUCUUCUUUUGAAAAGAUUGGCCAUUUGUUAAAAGAUAAAUAUGAAAAUAGCAUCCAGAUAUCAGACAAAAUAAAGAGAAAGAUGCGAAGGAAAGAAAAAGAUCAGAGGAAAAUACCGAUCCGCAAGGAUGACCUGCUCUAUAUUAACAAGUCUCCCAACUACUGUGUGGAGGAUAAAAAACUGGGAAUCCCGGGGACACAAGGCAGGGAAUGCAACCGUACAUCAGAAGGUGCGGACGGCUGCAACCUCCUCUGCUGCGGCCGAGGCUACAACACCCAUGUGGUCAGGCAUGUGGAGAGGUGUGAGUGUAAGUUUAUCUGGUGCUGCUAUGUCCGCUGCAGGAGGUGUGAAAGCAUGACAGACGUUCACACUUGUAAGUAACCACUCCAUCCAGCCUGGAGCAAUACUCCUCAGCAACAUGGUGGGAUUACAAACCAAAGGAUGCCUCUUACUCCCAAGAUUGGGGAAGCUGACUUCUGUAUUGGAAUUUCCAGAUCUUUGGCCUAUUUGGAAUUUCCUUUGCCUGAGUAACAUCUAAUCACCAUCAAUCCUGCAGACUUACUGGGAUUUUAAAGUUGAAAAGUUUCUAUUCAUCUUUGGAUGCUUUGGAGGAUACAGGUUGACAUAUAAGGAAGGUAAAUCCAUUUGCUAAGGAACAGUUGGUGCAUACUCAGGAUAAGAUCCUCAACUAUGGACCUCAGUUAUGGAGAUCAAUAAUGGUGGGCGAACAUUACUCAUUUUUAGAUGCCUCUUACAGGAGCAAAGAACAUAAACAUGAAUCUCAUUUAUUCUCAGUAUUUUAAUUGAAAAAAUUUCACAACGGGUUUGUGCAUGGGCAGAUGUUGAAAAGUUAAUUGAAGUGGUGAGUGCCUGCCCUUUCAUGCACACCAAAAGAACGAUUGAAAAGAACCUUUCUAAUUGAUACAAUAUCCCUAAAACGUAGCAGUAGAGCUGUGUGGUGACAAAAAAGAAUCAAAAAGUAGAAACUAAAAUGAAUUGGAUUUUAAGUACCUUCUAACCAGUAGGACUUUCCUAGAAAAACCUCCAUAAUGUAUACAGCAACUUUGGGUACAUAUUUUUAUUUUAGACCAGUGUUCACUGUUAAAAAAUUCAGCCCUAAGGUAUGAGGGGAGGGAGACCCUGAAAACGUGGGAAACGUGAGGUAAAAAUAUAAAGGCCUCUCAUACAUUGUAAAGAAAACAUCCUUUAAAUGUGUAAAAACAGUAUUUUGUAUAAUAUUUUGCUAAAAAUAUUUAUAUUUUAUAAGUGCAGUAUUUAAGUUAUAUGUCAUAUAUUAUAAUUUAGGACAUUUAUUGCCAAAGCCCAAAAGCUAAGGCAAUAAGAUUAGCCUCUUUUUCUUUUCAUGAUUAACUCCAACUUCCUUAACAAUGAAAAAAAGGUAGGUAAUUGAGCAGUUUGCUAUAUGGAUGUGUAUUUCUUGCCAAAAUGACAGUUUUAUAUGUUAUAGAUUAAAAUGUGUUGUAAGAUACUGAGAAGUGUGUUAUUUCGGUAGCCAGAUUAAUUGAAUUCUUUUUUCACAUUAGUUUUCUUAACUCAUAAGGUUAUUAUAAUAAAUUAUAUAGCAAAAGUCCUAACUGGAAAAAGAAUUUAAAUCAGAUUAGUGAUCAAUCUGUGGAUUUGAUAUUCUGGAUAUUUAUUAUAUUGUCUGUAAUGCUGCAUUUCCAUUUGAAUGUGGAGUGGUCUUACUUGCUUUAAUAUUCAUGCAUGUAUGUUCACUAUAUUUUGCACAGUCCUGGUUAAAAUUACAGGGCUGUAUUUAAGGUUGUAUUUUAAUGUAAAUGCCUGUGUUUUAUGGAUUAUUAAAUAUUUCAGUAUUAUAUAGAAAAAUCAAUUUUUAUGUUCAACAUGGACAAAGAAAGGAUAUUCUUUUUCUUAAUAAGAUGAAUAUUUCCCCACCCCAAAGGUCUUAGUCUAUUUUCUUUUAGUUUUAUUUACCAAUUUAUGAAAAAAGAAACCAAAAUUGACAAUGUCUCAUUUCUAAUAUUAAAAUCAAGACUGAACAUUUAACUGUGAUCCUUAAAAUUAAAGUUAGUUACUACUUACUAAAUGAGAGACUUAGAAAAGGCUGGGGAACAAAUAUAGUAGUACUUAUUUAAAGUGUUAUUACACUCUUUAGUAUAUGCUGAAUAAAGUAACAUGAAAAAACUUA